AUGCAGGGUGAUACAGAUGCAAAAAAUGGGACAAAGGAGGAAUUAAAUGGAGACAGAAUGUUAGAUGAGAUUCAGAAAAAAAAUUGCUAUUUUUUUUUCGUAAAGACUUUUUACCUGCAGGGAUUUGAUCGUUUAUUCGCUACUCGCUUCUACACGCAGAUAGUCCGACCACAACUCAAAUAUAGUCUAGCUAUUAGUUUACUCAGUGCAAAGGAUAUGCAACAACUGGAACCUUGUCAAAACAUAUGCAUAAGACGGAUAUUUGGUGGCUCUAGUCGAUCAUCAGUAAAGGUGAUACUUCAUAUGAUAAACCAACCAUCAAUGAAGGUUAGGGUGUCCGUUCUGCAGGCCCAACUCUGUGCCGCUAGCUCCAUUCCGUUAGACCAACGCUCCUUUCGAAAACAUCGUCAAGAAUUUCUUGAAGAGAGUUUUCAGAAACUACGUGAGGGGACACGCUCUGUUUUGCUUUCCGCUUGCCGCCCCAAUCUGAUUAUUGAUCCGAUACUCUGGUUACCCAUGACACACAGCGAACGUAGUCGAACUAUUCGAUGGCGUCUUGGUUGGUUACCCAGAGGAAUACCUAAAGCCUGCCCAUAUCAUCCUCAUUACCAAAAUUUUCAGGACAUUUCUGCCUGGCUCUAUCGCUGGCCAGUUAUGUGUACCAUUUCACAGGAAAUGGAUUACUUAAUACACGACAAAUUACCCCCCCCUCCACUUCUUGAUCCAGGCAAGAAAUUACUCGACUGGUUGUCUCUUUAA